GUCUAGAAGACCAACACAGCCGGCGGCAAGGUGAUGAGGUGACAAGGUGACAAGGUGACAAGAUGACCAGGCGUGAUUCUAGAACGUGACUGAAUCUUCCAUCUUCCGUCUUCCAUCUUCCAGCAAUCACACGUAGAGGGAAGGGACAAGAAAUCGACAAUUGCAGCCUCAGGUUGGAAAGAAGAAAGCCCUCUUCAACACGACAUAAUUCUUCCUUGCCAAUUGACUUCUCUUCCCAAAAACCCCCCAACCCAAAGGAAAAUCCCCCCCAAAAACAACAACAAAAGUUCUCUGACUUCCAACGCCCGCCAGAUCAUCCGUUCAUUGUCCCAAUCACCAAAAUUUCUCAAAAUCAUCCCAAGCUAAAAGCGUUGCAUGCGCCCUUCCACCAAUCAUUCAUUCCAUUGAAUUGGAGAUCCAAUCCUCUCUUCCAUAGAGCCAAGGUAUCUGCCCCCGCUAUCAGAACCCAGCUUCUACAUUAUAGGAAAAAGCGUGGAAGGGUCCAACUCCAUUUUUCCCACUCCUCUUACCGUUCCGUGGCGAUUCCUGCUAUUGUGGUCUCACGCUUGUAGCACUUCUACCCAUUCACAUACUGAUAUCCAUUUCCCCUGCUUCUUACACAAAUAACUUCUCCGUACCAGUCAACUACCUACCGGUUGCAUUCAAACUUCUGCUACUUUCCGACCCACACCUUUUGAAAGACCCUAUCAUACCCAAAGCGGAUACAAGAUCUCUUCCGGUAGGCAGUUCGACAAUAAUGUCAAUCAAUUGGGUAAUGACCUCUAACGAGGCUGGAUUCGUCAAACUUCCCAAUGAACGAAUUCUUUAUACUUCACCCCCUCGAACGAGUUUACAAAUUUCUACGACGACUACACCUCCUGGCGCAGAGCCAUAUUCGGCCAAAAGUGACGCUGGGGUUGUUUAUAUCAGUAACCAACGAAUAGUUUAUCUUCCAAGUGCACCUACUCCCGAACUUCAAUCAUUCUCUUCACCAAUUCUCAACCUGCAAGAUAGCUAUGUUCGUGCGCCAUUCUUCGGCGCCAAUUACUGGACUGCUCUCUGCAAGCCGGUUUCGGGAGGUGGAAUUCCUCCGGAUUAUCCUUCGGUCGAGCUCAAGAUGACAUUCAGAGAAGGCGGGGCUUUCGAUUUUCAUUCUUGUUUGGAACAAAUAAAGGAGCGUUUGUACCAAGUUUAUAGUGUCGCACGCGAACAUGGGGGGAGGGGAACGAGUGGAGCAGAUUUGGUGAACAUGGAUUUAGAGCAAUUACCUGCCUAUGAAGCUGCGACAGAGGUUACAGAUGAAGCACAUGAGGUAGCUCUAGAUAGCGGGGUAGCAGACACAACCAGAAGUUCACGGCCCGAGACCUUCACCGCGCCAGCUGAGCCCCCUCCAGAUUAUGAAGAAGUACAAGCACAAGCCGUUUCGGUGGACCUGGAUCAGCGAUUACGAGAGCAAGCCGAGAGACAAUGAGAGGGGGUAAGCGACAUAUAUAGAAUGCUGUGUUACAUACGUUUUGUUACAUCGGGUAUUACGAAGUCAUGAAUAAAUGAAUGCUGGAAAGGAAGGACAUAUAUGGCGGGGGGAAAGGCGUUCUAUCACAAAUUUACACAUAAGAUUUGGCAUGGUCUAUGAUCAGGAAUGGGGCUAUAAAGCAGCACUGCACUGGCGUUUUGAGAGGUUGAUAAUAAAUUGCUUCAAGAUGGAAUUGAUGUCUAAAAUAGUCUGAAAUAGUCUGAAAUAGCUAGCAUAUCAUGAGAAAUGAAAUAAAAAUUUAAAAAACGAUACCA